AUGUACUUUUGCCCAGCCUGCUCAAACCUGCUGCUGGUCCAGUCCGACGGCACCCAGCGCCUCUACUGCCAGACCUGCCCCUAUAUCUACCCAAUCGUCAAGACCAUCGUUCAAAGAAAGACAUUGGACAGGAAGCAGGUCGACGAUGUCCUUGGAGGAGACGAGGCCUGGGCGAACGUGGAUCAGACCGAAGCAACGUGCCCAAGAUGUGAACACGACCGCGCAUACUAUAUGCAGAUCCAGACCCGCUCGGCCGAUGAGCCUAUGACGACGUUCUACAAGUGCACCGAGCUCAAGUGCGGUUGGCAGUGGAAGGAGUAA